AUGCGGUCCUUCUACCACCUCACGGCGCUUAUCGCCUCUGUCGCCCUUCUUUCGUCGCCUCUAACCCUCGCACAAAACACCAACCCGGCUAACAAUGCCGCAAGCGGAGCUGCGGGAGCACUCUCGAACUCCGGCACUGCGGCAGGAGCAGCGUCGACAAACGCACCGUCGUCUGCCGCCCAGGCCAACUCGAAGGCCUCCGCGAACGGCCAGUCGUCCGGCGGCGGCGCGACCAUCUUCAACUGCGCCGGCGGCGUCGUCGCAGGCAUCGCUCACCCGGACGACGACCUCCUCUUCCAGUCGCCUGACCUGCUCGCAACGGUUCAAGGCGGCGCAUGCUACACGCUCGUCAUCGCGACGAUGGGCGACGCCGGCUCGACGGGCGAGGCGUAUGCGCUCAGUCGCGAGCAGGGCAACGCGGCGGCGUAUGCGCAGAUGGCGGGUGUGCCAAACGUCUGGACGGGCGUCAACGCGUCGAUUGCGAACCAGCAGAUUCUCGUCACGACCCUCGUCGGCGCGCCGCAGAUUCAGCGAGUGCACUUUCGCCUUCCUGACGGCAACAUGGACGGUUCUGGAUUCGCUGCAACGGGCUACCAGUCGCUCCGCGCCCUAUACUUCGGCUCAAUUUCGCAGAUCACGACGCAGCCCCAGACCGGUCACUUCACGCUCGCUUCACUCAACGGCGCGAUCAGCGCCAUCAUCGGUAUGCGCCAGCCCACCGAGAUCCGCACGCUCGACUACAUGUCUGAUUACGACGCGGGAGAUCACGCCGACCAUCUCACUAUCGCUCGACUUUGGGCUGCGGCGGGCGGAAACCACGGCGUGCCGGUGAACGGCUACAUGGGAUACCCAGUUCAGAAUCUCGCACCAACUCUCGGCAUGAACGACGGCGCCUUCAUCUCCAAGACGAACGCUUUCUUCUCGUACACGCCCUACGACUACCAAGAGUGCACCUCGCUCUCGAACUGCUUGAACACGGGUCGUGGCGAGGCCUACUGGCUUCUUCGCCAAUACGUUGUCACACAAGACCUUGCCGAGAGGUCGUACAUGGGCUCCGCAGAGGCGCCAGUCGCGCUUCCGAACUCUACCAACCUCGCCCUCCAAGCAACCGCAACGGCCUCGUCGCAGUCCAGCAUCCAGCCCGCGUCAGCCGCAAUCGACGGCAACGUGCAGGGUUACCCUGGCAACUACUCUGCGGAAUGGUCGACGGCCGGCGAGAAGGUCGGCGCCUGGCUCUUGCUCUCUUGGCCUCAGCCUAUCAACCUCACGUCGCUCGCCCUCUACGACCGACCCAACCAAAACGGUGCGUUGCCCACUUCUUACAACGAAGCUCUCCCGACACUAACGACGUUCGGCGCAGAUUGGCUGCAAGGCGGAACCCUACUCUUCCGCGACGGUUCGACGAUCUCCUUCGGCGCUCUCGCCAACGAUGGUUCGGCGACGCUCGUCACCCUUCCUGGCUCCGUCGUCACCGACGCAGUCUUGAUGACCGUCACCUCCGUCUCUCCCGCGACUGGAUCCAUCGGUCUCGCCGAGAUCCAAGCGUACGGCAAUGUCUGCCCGGGAUGCACGAUCGGCAACAACUUCCAGAACUCGUCGGCGACGACGCAGACCUCGACUGGACUCGUCAGCGGCACGGGUGCCUACCAGGACCUCGCCCUCUCCGCCGAAGCCUUCGCCUCUUCCGCCUUUGCUCAGCAAGGUCCCGAGAAGGCCAUCGACGGCGUCGUUAGUGGUUACCCUGCCAACUCGUCGGCGGAGUGGGCGUCGUACAACGAAGGCGUCGGAGCGUGGCUGAACAUCACCUGGCCUGCGUACUACCUCGUCGACUCCCUUGUCCUCCACGACCGCCCCAACUCGAACGACCAGAUCACCUCGGCGCACAUCGAUCUCUCUGACGGCACGGGCUACGACAUUGGUGCGCUGAACAACGACGGAUCUGCAGUCGUUUUCAAUUUGUCGGUGCCGCUCAACAUCUCGUCGCUGAAGCUCACCGUCACCGGCGUUUCGGGGACGACUUCGAGCGUCGGCUUGUCCGAGAUCGAGGCGUACUACUCGCAGCCGCAGACGCCUGUCAACCUCACCGCCGUCUCGCGCAACCCUGGCGCCGCUGCUCCCGUCGUCGGUGAUCUCGACAACGAGUCGUGGGACGACGACCUCGCAUUGCAGAACUGCACGGCGACCGCCUCAUCGUCCGCUCCGGGACAGGGUGCCUCCCAAGCGAUCAACGGCGUCGUCAACGGUUACAAGGAGGACGGAACGGGCGAUUGGACGCAGGAAUGGGCGACCGUCAGCCAAGGCGCCGGCGCGUGGAUCAACCUCACCUGGCCGUACAGCGUCAAGAUCUCGCAGAUCGGCUUGGCGGACCGUCCCAACCUGAACGACCAAAUCACCGGCGCCGUCUUGCAGUUCGACGACGGCUCCUACGUCUCGACCGGCAACCUCUACAACGACGGCACCUUGACGAACAUCUCGAUUCCCGGUAUCAUCACCACGUCAAUCCAGCUCACGGUCACCGCCGUCUCGUCAACAACUUCGUCGAUUGGUCUGUCCGAGUUUGCCGUCUUCGGGUCUCUCGUCGCCGCCAACGGCACGAUACUCCCCAAUGCCACCGACACGAGCAACCCGGCGUUGACGAACAGCACCCUCCCCAUCAACGGCACGCUUCCCCUGAACGGCACUCUUCCUCUCAACGGUACUCUGCCUCUCAACGGAACCUACCCCCUCAACAGCACUCUCCCGCUCAACGGCACCCUUCCGCUCAACGGCACUUUCCCUCUCAAUGGCACGCUUCCCCUGAACGGCACCCUCCCGCUCAACGGCACCCUUCCGCUCAACGGCACUUUCCCUCUCAAUGGCACGCUUCCCCUGAACGGCACUCUCCCGCUCAACGGCACCCUUCCCUUGAACGGCACCCUUCCCCUGAACGGCACGCUUCCCCUGAACGGCACUCUCCCGCUCAACGGCACCCUUCCCUUGAACGGCACCCUUCCCCUGAACGGCACGCUUCCCCUGAACGGCACUCUUCCUCUCAACGGUACUCUGCCUCUCAACGGAACCUACCCCCUCAACAGCACUCUCCCGCUCAACGGCACCCUUCCCUUGAACGGCACCCUUCCCCUGAACGGCACGCUUCCCCUGAACGGCACUCUCCCCUUAGACGGCACGCUUCCGCUCAACGCAACGUUGCCGCUCAAUAGCACGUCGACUCUCAACGGGACGCUUUCGCUCAACGGGACCCUCGCCGGAAACACCUCCUCCAUCUUUGUGCCGAACGCCACAAUCUCGAGCAUGUACAACCUCAGCUCGCUUCUCCCGUCGGCAACAGCGUCCGCAAACAUCUCGGCGUCGCUCAACCGCACGUCGGUACCGGUUUCGACGGCUGACAACUCGUCCGCCAUCUUCCCCUCCGCGACCGGGUUCAACGCGUCAAGCCUGCUUCCGUCGAUCACCGCCAACCUUUCGAGUGCCCUGCCGUCCGCCACCGGCAACGCUUCGUCCAGUCUGUUCAACCUCACAGCUCCAAGCGCCGUCGCAACGGCUUCAGGCAACGCCUCCUCCGCCUCCUCGACUAGCGCAUCGUCUUUGUACCUGUCUUCAUCGGCUUCGGCGAACGCGUCGAGCGUUUCGAGGAGUAGCUCGGUUGUCAGCUCGACUUCGUCGUCGAGCGCUGCGGCGCCUUCUGCGACAUGCGCGGGAUCUGCCGUCGCCUACGGACAAUGUGGCGGAUCGGGCUACGUGGGUCCGACGUGCUGCCCAUCAGGGUUUGACUGCACUUACCAGAACCCAUACUACUCGCAAUGCGUGCAAAGCAGCUCUUCGGCGGCCGCCUCGUCAACUCUCACCGCUGGCGCAGUUCUGCCGACAGCAGGAUGCACUGGCACCGUCCCCGCCUACUAUCAAUGCGGCGGAAGCGGAUACAUCGGCUCGACUUGCUGUCAGACCGGCUACGUUUGCCAGGUGCAGAACCCGUACUACUACCAAUGCGUCGCUAGCUCCGCGGUCACGACGUCUUCCUCGUCGGCCUCCUCCAGCCUCGCCUCCCUUACCCCCUCCUCGAUCUCCAGCGUGCGCUCCAGCAGCACCAUGGCGUCGUCGACUGCUUCUUCGGUCGGUGCCUCAUCCACUCUCUCCAAAUCGGCGGCGUCCUCCACGGUCACCUCUGCACCCUCGGCGCCGCCCUCCACAUCGAGCAUGGUCACCGUGACUCGCUCAAGCUCCGCAACAUCGUCGUCUACCUCGUCAAGCGCGACCGCCGCACCGACAUUGACUGCCCAGGCUUCGACGGUCAACAUCGCCCGUCUUGCCGGCGUCAAACUUUCCGCGUCUUCCUCGAUUUCGGCAUCCCCGCCCUCGGGCAUCAACGACGGCUCGUACGGCGGCCUCACUGCGCUCGGCUUCGGCAGCUCGAAGAACGAGUGGGCGUCGUCCGGCACGACCAAGCAGUGGAUCCAGAUCGACUUCCCCGCCGCAACGCUCAUCCGCGACAUUGUUAUCUUCCCGCGCGUCAACACCUGGCAGACGGUCACCUCGAUGGCGCUCAACUUCACGACGGGCGACGUCGUCACCGCCAGCGGUUCGAUUUCGAGUUCCGGUUCGCACGUCUCGCUCGGCGCCGGCCUCGUCACGUCUGGCGUGCGUGUCACCAUCACUGGCGUCGGCUGGACCACGACUCAAGCAGGCUUCGCCGAGAUCGAGGUGUACAACCGCGCUCCGCCUACGACCGGUCUUCUCGGUACGCUUGGCAACGCCGCUGGCUCGACGCUCAGCGGCAUUCUCGGCCUUUUCGGCCUCCGCGCAUAG